CUUUUCAUAUAUACUCCCACACCCUCUCCCUAUAUAUACAUAGAUUUCUCAAGAACAAUUGCUCUUGCUAGCUUGCACUAAAUUAAAGAAAGUAGCUUAGAAGAAAAAUGGCAGAAAUUACACCAGGCUUUAGGUUCUAUCCGACUGAAGAAGAGUUGCUUUCCUUCUAUCUGCAUAACAAGCUUGAAGGCACUCGACAAGAUAUCAAUUGUGUUAUUCCCAUGAUCAACAUCUUUGAUCUUGAGCCUUGGCACCUCCCAAAGGUUUCAGGAGAGCUAUGUGUGGGGGAGACUGAGCAAUGGUUUUUCUUUGUGCCGAGACAAGAGAGAGAGGCGCGGGGAGGGAGGCCGUGCCGGACGACGGCCGCCGGUUACUGGAAGGCCACCGGCUCCCCAAGCUACGUCUACUCAUCGGAUAACAAGGUGAUUGGGGUGAAGAAAAGCAUGGUGUUUUACAAGGGGAAGUCCCCUUGUGGGAGAAAGACAAAAUGGAAGAUGAAUGAGUAUAGGGCAAUUGAAGAACAACUUCCCAGUUCCCACCUGCACCCUUCAUAUUCUUCUCCCCUAAUUCCUUCUCCAAAGUUAAGGCAUGAAAUGACCCUGUGCCGGGUGUAUGUGAUAUUAAGGAAUUUUGGGUCGUUUGAUCGAAGACCAAUAGGAAACAUGGGAACAAGUCAAGAAGAGGUGAAAAUGAUACCCAUGGAGGCCAUUAAUAAGUGCUCUGAAAGUUCAGUGGUGCAGGAAGAAGAAGAAGAAGAAGACUUUGAUGAUGGUAUGAAUGUCUACGCAACAACUGGCCUGACGAGGAUGGUCAAGAGUCCUGAACCAUUUUCUGGCUUGGAAAGACUCAUUAAUUUCCAACUUUCCAAGUGGAAUGAAUGAUGAUAUGAUGAAUAUAACAUGACAGACAGACAGACAGUACAGUACGUUAGUUGUUGGAAAUUAAUGAUAUGGUACGUAAAAUUCCAACCAUUUCUGUAACUAGUUUAGAUUUUUUAAUGCGGUGUCAUCGCUAAAGAAAUAAUGUAAUUUGUCAUCAAAUUAUACUAUACAGUAGACUCCUUUGAGUUGUCCUUAGAGUUAAGGACCUUACCUCUUAA